AUGGCGCAGGCCGAGCGAGACAGCCUCAAUGGCUCCUCUAUCGAUACGAUGCUCCGGGGUUUGACAGAUCGCCCCAACGUACAAGCUACGAUGAUCCUAUCGAAAGCCGACGGCUCCAUCAUCCGAGCUACAGGUGUCAUUGCCUCUGACAAACAACUCUCCUCAAACACAACCUCCCAGUAUCAAUGGUCAACAUCGACAUCACGACAAGAUGAACAGCUGAUUAGCAAAGUCACAGAGCAAGAGCCGGGUAAUGGAGCUCAGCAAGUGGAGGAUCCUUCACGAGGCAAACAGGAACCUGUCGAAAUACUGGCUGCCUCCAUUUUCCAAUUCGUGAACAACGCAACCUCCCUGGGCUUGACGCUCGGAAGCGUAUCUCGGAAUUCCGGCAUGACAGGUGCAGCAUCCUACAGAGACUCUUCCACAUCUAGGCAAGAAGCGUCAGUUGAAGAAGAACACCCAAGGUCCAAGGAUGACGAAGUCCAAUUACUCAGACUUCGCACCAAAUACCAGGAGAUUAUAGUCUUCCCCGACCCCAACUACAUUUGUUGUGUGGUGCAGAAAGUAGGCAAGGCCGGAAGUAACCCUGGAUAA